GUUCUACAUCGUUUAUGUAGUCUUUUAAGAGAAAAUUACAAACCAGCGCCAACAAGAAAUGUAUUGUCAGGCAAAGAAACAGUGCUACACAUAACAAUACUGUUACUCAUGCUAUAAAAAGGCUUCUCCAUUAUUUCGUUAUUUAAUCAACCAGCUGAGUAACAUAGCCUUUGCGGUUCCGCGUGCCGUUGCUUAGAGACCUUGCUAGCCGCGUGAGUGCAGUCUGUCUUAGCUUAGUUAGCAAACAGACACACAAGAGCAACCCGUGCAGUUAAUUUUGCAGAACAGUGAGAUGAUGAGAUGAGACUGGCUAUAUAUAUCAGUGUAAAGCAGGUCGUUAAGUCUGGGUAAUGUUAGUCGCUAACUACCUGGAGCGAAAAGUUAGUGUUAAAGUUUUGCAGUCGCUGUUUAGGAAAACGCUGAAGAGAGAGCACAGAAACCGCUGCAGCCCUCUUCAAUGAGAUAAUCAAGAUUCUGGUUACCCACCUCCAUCAGAUGGCGUUCUGCCUGGCUGAGCUACACUUGUGGUCCACCAAGGGCUCACUCGAAGUUAAAGAUACAGAUAUUGGCACCUAUCAGUACUAUGAUAAAGGAGAGCCAGCCAUUUCCCAGGAGCAUCACUACUACAAUGACAAACUCCAGUUUUGUGAAGCUCGAGGCUAUUCGUGGACCCCCAGGAAACGCCGACCAGAAAAGCUACGCGAUUCGCUGAAGGAGUUGGAGGAACUAUUGCAGACCAACACCUGCAUUCACACCAGAUGGAGAAACAAGCAGUGCUGCCAGGUGAUGCUGAGCAGUGGAGUGCUGGUGACCCUGACUCUUCAAGGACCUCAGCUCGAACAAGUGUGUAUUGACCGUACGUUAGUGGGCCGACUACCAGCCAGCACCGUGACUGAUGCGGUGCUGACCGAUAGGCUGAUUCUACUGUCCUUCCUGGAGCAGAGCCAAGUGGCGGCAGUCUACCUGAACAAAAAGACCCAGAACUCACCAGAGACUGGCAGGCGAACAGACAAGCUCUCACCCUCUGAAAUCAAGGUGGUGUGUGUGGAGGUGGGCGGAGGUGGUCGUAGGGUGCACAGACAUGUAGGUCUCAACAUUGUCCAGGAUGUGGCACUUUGCUGGUGGAACCAGGAUGAGUCCAGUGAGGACCUGUGGCCCUGGACCCCCACAGACACGCACAGGAAUAACCUCGUCCUGAUCAGCUGCUCAGCUGCUGAAGGCCUCAAGGUCCUUAGUUCGGUUCGGACUGAAGGCAACCCCCUGGACUGUCGCUUCAGCCUGUUCCAGCCCUACCAGGUCCUAACAGUGGAGUUACCGUCAGGAGCCCAAGGAUUCAAAGAGGGGUCCUGGGCUGAUACCUGUGUGUAUGACUGUGCACGAGGACGCCUGCACCGCCUUUCAGUCACCCGCAUCCCACUGUCAUCCCAUCCUGUCUCCUGCUCUCGUCACCCCUCUGAGACCACUCUCCUCCUUGGCUUAAGUGAUUCCUCCUUAGUCCUUUACGACCAGCGACGGGGGGUCUCUCUCCUAGCCUCAUGCCCUGUGCCGGCCACCCUCCUCGCCUGGCACCCUGCUGGGGCUGUUGUCAUGGUAGGUGGAGGACAGGAGGAGCUGAUGUGCUUUGAUGUGGGCUUGGCACCUGUAAACAUGGCGCUGGUAUCAGAGGAGGUAGCUUCAGCUGCCACGUUAAGACUAGCUCAGCACCUGCGCUGUUCUGGAGGCCUGGCUGGACUGCAGUGGGGGACUGGCUUGGAUGGAGGCCCAGAGGGGACAGAUAUCCUGACACUGGCUUUUCAUGGGGGACCAUUAGCAGCCUUGAGAUUCAGACUAGGAGUUCUUACGGGGGGCCAGAUGGGUCCUGGGGAUCUGCUGCAGCAGAGGCUACGUUGUGGUCAGGUCAGAGAGGCACUGGGCAUCCUGGAGACCAUGGACUGGAGCACCAUGGGGGACGAGUGCUGCAGAGGCCUGAGCUCAGUCACCAACCACCUGCUGAGGCUGGAGCUGAAUGCGGAGAGAGAAGCCCUGCUAGAAACAGCUCUGGGUGUGUUUUAUGCCCCACCUGCUCCUCUCUCUGAUACAGUGAUACUGGAGUACAGGGAGCCGAUCAGCAAGUACGCCCGCCGCUUUUUUCACCACCUCCUCAGGCACCAGCGUUUUGAGAAGGCCUUCCUCCUCGCUGUAGAUUUAGAAGCAAGAGAUUUAUUCAUGGACCUCCAUUAUGUUGCCAGUGAUAAGGGCGAGGUGGUGCUAGCAGACGUGGCCAAGAGGAAGGCUAAUGAAAUCGAGGCCCGGACCAUUGCAGGUAACGACGAGCUUCGGAGAGGCAGAAAUUAUGGCUCCAACUUCGGUGAUGCACAAGCAGAGAGGAAGCGAAGUGUAACGGGCUCUCCACACUCCCCAUCAACACACGCUGAUGGAGCAGCCGGUCGGAGGAGACGACAAACUGAAACCUUAAAUGUGACCAUCAGCCCGGAAAUGCUGAGGAUGCUGAAACAAACAGGUGUGUCUGCAGGAAGCAGCAGAGGUGACAGAGACGGAGUGGAUGAUGGUGAUGACGACGACCCUGAUGUGCUUCAUGUGGUUCAUUUAGGGAUGGUUUGACAAGACUAACGAACAUCAGAUGAGACUUUAUUAAUCCCAGAGGGAGAAACACAACAUCUCACCAAUAACAAGCACAGUAAUUAUUUACCUGAAGCGCAAUCUGUAAAAAGAUCUAAAAGUCCUGUCGUUCACACCCACACAUGGAAAGCAGUUUGUUUUUUUUAAUGCAUGUCAAAGUAAUUUGUGAAUUUCAGCCAAAUCAAAAACAUGAAAUUCACUGAAUUCAGGUUAUUUUGUGUCUUUUUGAAGUCUGAACAAAAUGAACCUAUGAAGGAAACACUUACCUGCUUCCUCCUUUAAAAACAUGGCAGAAAAUGUUUAAAACAUUUCCAUUAAUCAGCCUGGAAAAAUAAAGACUCCCAUUAU